CCUGCCUCCCCGCUACCGCCGUCCGCGCUCGGCCGGCCGCGGGGAAGGAAGAAAGGAGCGGAGAGGCGGAGGGCGCGGAGGCAUGGAUCCGCAACCUCCUCCACCUGCCCAGGGAAGCCCACCUCACCGGGGCCGGGGCCGGGGCCGGGGCAGAGGCCGAGGCCGGGGCCGAGGCCGUGGCCGAGGGGGCGCUGGAGCCCCCCGGGCGCCCUUGCCCUGCCCCACGUGUGGCCGCCUCUUCCGCUUCCCCUACUACCUCUCCCGGCACCGGCUGAGCCACUCGGGCCUGCGGCCCCACGCCUGCCCCCUGUGCCCCAAGGCCUUCCGCCGGCCGGCCCACCUCUCGCGCCACCUGCGCGGCCACGGGCCACAGCCCCCGCUGGAGGCCGGGGCGGCGGAGCUCAGGGCCGAGCUGGCGCUGGCGGCCGGGCGGCAGGAGGAGAAGCAGGUCCUGCUGCAGGCCGACUGGACGCUGCUGUGUCUCCGCUGCCGGGAGGCCUUUGCCACCAAGGGCGAGCUCAAAGCGCACCCGUGCCUGCGCCCCGAGGGCGACCAGGAGGGCGAGGGGGGGCCCCCGCCGCGCCCCAAGCGCCACCAGUGCUCCAUCUGCCUCAAGGCCUUCGCCAGGCCCUGGUCGCUGUCCCGCCACCGGCUGGUCCACUCCACCGAUCGCCCCUUCGUGUGCACGGACUGCGGCCUGGCCUUCCGCCUGGCCUCCUACCUCCGCCAGCACCGCCGCGUCCACGGCGCGCUCAGCCUGCUGGCCCCGCUGCCUGCGGCGGCCAAGAAGGACGACAAGGCGGCGGCGGCGGGCGGCCGGACCUCAGGGAGGGGGCCCGAGGGGGGCGAAGGGGCGGAGCGCGGGGCCGCCGCGGAGGGCGGGCCAGGCGGGCAGAACGGAGGCGAGGCGGCCCCGGCCCGGGCCCCGGCCGGCGAGCCCCGUUUCUGGUGCCCUGAGUGCGGCAAGGGCUUCCGGCGCCGGGCGCACCUGCGGCAGCACGGGGUGACCCACUCGGGCGCUAGGCCCUUCCAGUGCGUCCGCUGCCAGCGGGAGUUCAAGCGGCUGGCCGACCUGGCGCGCCACGCGCAGGUGCACGCGGGGGGCCCAGCCCCGCACCCCUGCCCGCACUGCUCGCGACGCUUCUCCCGCGCCUACAGCCUGCUGCGCCACCAGCGCUGCCACCGCGCCGAGCUGGCACCGUUGCCCCUCGCCCACAUCAAGGAAGAGCCGCCGUCCCCGGGGUCCCCGCCCCAGUCGCCGGCGGCGGCAGCACCCCCUGUCUUCCUCAGCGCCUCCUGCUUCGACAGCCAAGACCACUCGGCCUUCGAGAUGGAGGAAGAGGAGACUGAGAGCAAGGCUCAUCUGCGCGGCCUGGGGGGCCUGGCCUCCUGACCCGCACCCGCCCCCCUCAGCCCCUCCGUGGGAGCCGCCCCCACCCCGGCUUGCAGCAUGAAGGAGGGAAGUAAAAGAGAGGAGCCUCCUCUGUGAGCCCACCCUCCCCUUCUAGCCCUCGACAUUAGGGGCGGGGGCUGGACGCCCCUCUGUCCCCAUCGCCCACCCCCAGGCCCCUGAUGCUGGUUAGAAACUGCUCGCCCCAAUUCUGAAGGCAGGACGCUGAGUCGGAGGCGGAGGACAUUGGCCAGAGGGAUGGAGACUGAAGGGGGAGCACCCCCCCCCCCGAGCCUGGCUGCCUCCCCAUUUCACACACUGGACACCAUCACCUCUUUGGAACUGCCGGAUCCUGGGGUGGGGGGCAGUCCCCAGUGAGCAAAGGUCUGUCCCUGUCCCCUUGUCCGUCUGUGAAUAAAUGUGAGUUUGUGGAA